GACAAUCUACACCUCCACCUCUCACCACCACCCUCUUUUCGCACAUAUCUCAUAUUCAGUCGCUGUAAUUUCAGACAUUGACCUGUCUGCGACCAUGUCUGUUCCGCGAUCCACAGCAGCGCUUUGGCGAUCCUCGACCUCUCCUCUAGCACGGUUUGCCGCUCCGGCAUCAGCUCCCCACAGGUGUGCACGAUGUCUGCGGGCGUUCUCAACGUUCACGCCAUACCGACAGUCCUCCAAGCGGCAGCUGCAAACCGCCAGCGCAUACCAUGCCUCAAAUCUGCAUCCCGAACCGCCACCGCGGAAUUUUGGAGUCCCCGAUACUUCCAUAGCCGGCGGGAAACCCAAGGUUAAUAACUCAAUACCGCCACGGUUGGCGUCCGAACAGAGAGACGCGGCGGCGCAACAAGAUCGGCCCAGCAUGAGCAUACCGGAAGGCGAGGCGCAAAGAAGUCAACCCGCACAACCCAGCAAGCCUCUCCGGCCCCGCAGAUACAAUUUCGGCCCGCGCAAAGCGACGAUAAAGCUCACGCCGUCCGCCGUGUCGCAUUUGAGACAGCUACUGGAACAGCCCGAACCGAAGCUCAUACGGAUAGGGACGAAGGCAAAGGGUUGUUCUGGGCUAGCCUACCACCUUGAGUAUGUCGAUAAACCGUCGAAGCUCGACGAGCAGGUGGAGCAGGAUGGCGUGAAGGUUUUGAUUGACAACAAGGCCUUGUUGAACAUUAUUGGGAGCGAGAUGGACUGGCUGGAGGACAAGCUGAAUGAGCGCUUCGUUUUCAAGAACCCCAACAUCACCGAGCAAUGCGGUUGCGGAGAAUCCUUCAGCGUCGCAUAGUAUCUCACGUCCUCAUCCAUCGUACAAAGUUCUGCAUCACCUAGCAUAGCAUACCCGGAGUUUAAACCUCGGUACAUUCGUAUAGCAUAUUCGGAUUGCCAGCAAUGGCGGUCGCUCCUCUCAGCAUUUAGAAUUUCCCUGGCUCGAAAUCCACUACCCUGAUAUCCUCCACAAUUUCCCGCACAGACUUCACGAACGCCAGAUGCUCCGGAUCCUUGUUCAGGUAGUACUCUCGAUCAUCCUCCUUUUCGAACUCGACUACGAAGCCGUGCGUAGAGGCACCCUGGAGCAUUGUUAGCAUUGGAAGAAUCGGUAUGGGGAAAGAUCGAGAUACAGCAUGGCCUUCGGGGCUAUUGUUCUUUCCGCCCACGAGUGAUAUCACGUAGGGCUUGUUGGUUGUGGGAUGGAGGCACUUCUGUCCAAGAGCUAGCAUACGCUUGCAUGCCUGG